AUGUCGUCCACGUCGUCCCCCGGCCCCAGUCCUCAUGAUAUCAUUAGCUCCUAUUUUAUUGGGCCCAAGGCGGAGAAUCUGGAUAGCUUCCGGACCAAUAUUACUACCAUUUUAGAUGAGUUACGGGAUGCUAGACUCAAUUAUUUUGAGGAAGAUGAGAAAUUCAUCGCGGAAGAUGUCAGAACAUCAGAGAAGUACCAAGGAAUCGUCAAGCAGUUCAAUGAAGCCGUCAGAACGGCUGCUCGGCUUUUGGGAAAACAAUCAGUCCCGUUCUGGUCACCGAGAUAUGAAGGCCACAUGUGCACUGACUUGACAACCCCUGGCCUUCUUGGAUACUUCAUGACGAUGAUCUACAACCCGAACAAUGUUGCUGUGGAAGCAAGUCCAUUGACCACAGUGAUAGAGUUAGAAGUUGGAAAGCAGCUGGCUGAAAUGUUUGGAUAUAACAUUGACCCGAAGAACAAGGACCUUCCCCUGUCAUGGGGACAUGUUACAUCCGGUGGCAGCGUGGCAAACUUAGAGUCCAUUUGGGUUGCACGCAACUUGAAAUUCUACCCGCUCACCCUGUCCUGGGCCAUGAAAGAAGGUUCGCUUUGGUUCAUUGCGGAUAAAUUUAAGGUCACCCCCUGUGUUGGUGAUGAGAAACUGUUUAAAGAUCUUACUACCUGGGAACUGCUCAAUCUGAGCUCUCACACGAUCCUAGGUCUGGCUGACUCCCUACAUGAACAGUUUGGCAUUACGUCCAAGUAUCUUGAGGAAGCACUGAACCCAUAUAGCAUUCAGACCGUUGGAAAAGACAGACUUGAAGCCUACUUUGGUAUAAACAAGCCUAUGAAGUACUUCCACUCUAAGACUAGGCACUACUCAUGGCCGAAGGGAGGUGCCAUUGCCGGCCUCGGAUCGGGGAACAUGCAUGGAAUAAAACUUGACUUGGACGGCUAUAUUGCCCUUGAGGACCUUGAGAUGGAACUCAACCGCUGCCUGAGGGAACAGCAAGCAGUGUUCGCGGUGGUGGCUAUCAUGGGCUCUACUGAAGAGGGUGCCGUAGACCCGCUGAAAGCAAUCAUUGAUAUGAGGAUGGACUUCCAGCGGAAGGGACUAUCAUUCCUAGUUCACGCUGAUGCCGCAUGGGGAGGGUACUUUAGCUCCAUGAUUCCCAAGGAUGUCAAGCUUCCACCAGGGGCCGGAGGUGGAAGUGAGGGUGGCGGUAAAGAUGCUAUAGACAUUGUCCCGUCGCUUCCGCUCAAAGAAAGCACUCUCACUGAUAUGAUUGCACUCAAGGAUGCAGACUCCAUCACUGUGGACCCCCAUAAAGCAGGAUACAUCCCUUAUCCUGCUGGCAGCUUGGUUUACCGUGAUGGACGAAUGAGGUUCUUGGUGACUUGGAGUGCCCCGGUUCUAUCGCAAGGCUCUACACAAAAUAUUGGAAUAUAUGGCGUGGAGGGCAGUAAACCUGGAGCGGCAGCAAUGGCUACCUGGUUCUCAAACACAACCAUUGGCCUCGACCGCAACGGUUACGGCCGCUUGCUAGGAGAAGCAGCUUUUACGAGCGCGCGGUUGUCUGCCCAUUACGCUGCUAUGCAUUACGAAGAAGAGACCGACCCUUCCAAGAAGACAAAGCAUUACAUUUGUAUCCCCUUCAACCGGCUUCCGAUGGAGCAUGCUGGCUAUGAUUCCUUAUCACCUGAAGUCAAUGCGCGGAGGAAAUACGUCCAGCAAAAUAUCCUACACAAGUCCAAUGAGGACCUUAUGAAGAACAAGGAUGACAUGAAAUACCUUCGUGAUCUGGGAUCUGACCUGAACAUCAAUGCUUUCGCACUAAAUUGGUACCGUGAGGAUGGUACUCUGAACGAUGAUCUAGAAGAAGCUAACUACUUCAUGAAGAGAAUCGUGGACCGCCUUUCCAUUACCAGUACUGCUGGAAACCCGAGGGAGAUCCCACUUUACCUAACUUCAACCCAGUUCUCCUCCGAGCUUUAUGGAGAGUGUGCACAGAACUUCAUGAAAAGGUUGCACCUUGCCCCAGCAGCUGAGGACCUGUUUGUUUUCCGCAAUGUGGUGAUGAGUCCCUUCCCGACCCAUAAGCGGUUCAUCUGCUCUUUAAUGGAAGUUUUUGAAAAGGUGAUUGAAGAUGAGGUUAAGAAUGUCUGGGAACGAAACAGACGAGGCAAAUACCAAAGCGUUUUUCUGAUGAGAGGCACUGAUGAGAUAUUUUUGGACUAUCAUACCAGCUUCCACCUGGCCACCCGGCGCCAGCAGAUCAUUCUUGCGGCUCAGCUUGAAGAUGAAAAGGAAAUGAAGGAAUAUUUAGAGUUGAAGAAGCACCAGCCCGGAGACAUAGCCUUCAAAUCCGACGAUUCAUUUGAUUUGGAAGGCUUUGUUGACGACAUCAAGAAUAACAAGCAGCCAACCCUUAAGGGCAUUAUUGGAAUCCGGCAGAAGGACAAGGUGGUGAAGAGUAUGGACUGCAUUAUCAAGGCGACUCGCAUUAUCAAGAGUCGUCCGCUCAACUCGUCCAACCGAGACCACAGCUACCCAGAGCACAACAUGCCAUUUUAUCUGUACGGGACAAAGAAACAGCACCACAUCUCACACAUGCUUCUCAAGUCACCAAAUAUUUGUCUCUCCGCCAGCAACGUGAAACUAGACGCCGGGCUUGACAAGGUGGUCCAUGACAAUAUCAGUCAAGGACUGAUCCUGACGCUGUGUGAUUACCGCGAGGUGACGAUGCAGCCGUUCCCCGAGACCAACCAAGCAAUCAAGAAGGACAAGCACUUCUUCUUCGCCAAGGGCAAGGAGUUCGAUGUCAAGGUGUUCAGGGACCCGAACGCACCCAUUGCCUCCGGGCCGGGCCUUCUCAGCAACCUUGCCACCCCCAUUGCCAGGGGGAAGAUGACGCUGGGCCAAGACUGCCAUGUGGAUGUGGAGUCUCUCAACCAUGAUCCCUUAGCUAAAGUGGCUCUUCCAUUCCAUCCGUGGGAGGAGCUGAAGGAGCUUGAAAGAGUCCUUACGACAACCACUACUGAGUGCGAGGAACAACAGCCUCAGUCUGAGAACGUUCAGCUUGGAGGCGUUCAGCUCGACGCUUCUAUAGCCAUCCAACUCGCUGCUUCUGGAAGUCCUCCCUCUGGAGGUACUGGCACUCCUGAAACGUCUCCUUCUGACGUUACUGACACUCCUCCUGGCGGUGCUGCAUUCUUAACUUUCACUGUUCCACGACCGGGGUUAUUGUAA